AUGAUGGGAAUUUACGCUCCCAUGUUUUUUGAAUAUCGCUGGCCUAAUAUCAUCAAGAAUGAUUUUUCUCUUCACUUGCACCGAUUUUUGGCCAGUUUGACUGACACUCGCUGGAAACUGCAGAACAAAACUGUCUUGUAUGUCACCAAAGAGGGGAUGAAGAUUCCUGAAGCUGAGGCUGCCAAGAACAAGGAAUUGGUUAAGCGUUUAGAGAUAUCUGUGAUUCACUGGGCAAGACAGAUCAAGGAUGUGUUGGCCAUUCAGGACGCAUUAGAGGUGGCUGAAAACUCUGGCCCAUUGGAUGAGAUAAAGUUUUGGAGAAACCGCUGUGCUGAUAUGUCUGGCAUCACUGAGCAGCUGGAGCAAGAGGGUGUGAAGCACAUCACUCGUGUCUUGGAGUUAGCCAAGUCUUCUUACGUGGCUCCUUUUGUCAAGCUGUCUGGACAGAUUAAGGUUGGAACACAGCAAGCCGAGAGCAACUUGAAAUUCAUGAACUUGCUGGAGGAGCCUUGCAUGAAGCUGGCAAAUGCUAAAGUUAGUGAAAUACCCAGCAUGCUUCCAGAAAUACUGAAACUCAUUCGAAUCAUCUGGGUCAAUUCAGAUUUCUACAACACUAGGGAGAAGCUAACAGCAAUUUUGAAAAAGUUGAGCAAUGAAAUUAUCCGCCGCUGCUGUGCAGAAAUUGACUUGGACAAAAUAUUUGAUGGGUAUGUGCAGAGUGGAAGAAAAACACUUCUGAAUUGCAUCGACUGCUGUGAACAGUGGAAGAAUAUCUACGAAGAGAGUGCUAAACUACAUCACAAGUUCUCAUCAGUUCCUUGGGUCUUGGAUCAUGACGCUAUAUUUGCCCAAGUUGAUGCCUUCAUCAAACGCUGUUGGGAUAUGCUGGAGGUUUGUGGGGCUCAAAGUCACUUUGCUAGGCAGGAGGAGGGUAAUGUAGGAGAAAUGCCUCAGUUUGCAGGGCAUAAAUGGAAUGAGAUCAUUCGUGACCUUAAUGAUAUAAAAACUCAAUUUGAGAAGUGCCAUCGUCUGUUACGUGCCCACAGGAAAUAUGCUCUAGAUGUGAUGCAGUCUUUCUGGCAUGAAGCAUACCGCAGAUUCCAGGCAGGAAUACGGGACUUGGAAGUGAUGAUGCAGAAUGCGAUCAUAACUGCAUUUAAAACUGUAACAACUGUACAGGGAGGGGUGGAGCUGCUGGAAGUCUUUGUGCAUCUUUCUUCAAGGGAGGUGAUUUACAAUAUCCUUGCAAAGCUGACCACAGAACUGUGUCGGCUGUUUACUGAGGAAAUGAAUGCUGUGAAGAGAGACAUGGCAUCCAAAGAUGACUACAGGUCCCCAUCGUUCCCCAAGUAUGCCGGAUCUGCACAUUUUGCUAGGAUGAUGAAAAACAGGGUGCAGAAGACAAUGAAUAUUCUAGAGCGGUCCUACUUCCUACCAAAGACAGGAAUAAAAGAUGAUGUGAGGACACAGUUCAAAGCUCUAAUGUUAGCCAUAGAUGAAUACAUCCAGAAGACUUAUGCAGAAUGGAAAGCCUUGUCCAUCAAGGUUGGUUUGUUUCUGUAUACUUAUUAUCUUCUUCUUCUUCGCCUUCACUGGCUGUAA